ACGUAUUGAUCUGUCACCGGGAACGAUUUUUGCACAAUUUGUCGUGUAUUCAAUAAAUAUAAACGAUCAAACCGCGCAGAACAAUAGUUGAGAAUCAUAUGGAAUUAGAGUUAGAGAUCCCUGGGGAAAACUUGAUUGAUACGAGGCAUUCCGAUACAAGCGAGAUUAGUACACUCAUAGGUGAACUGACUGACUUUACUGCAACACGUCGGCGUUAACUUGAAAUAUUUAAUGUUCUAAAUAUGUUAAUAUGAAUUUAAUAUGGAUACAAGAAUAGAAAACAAUACGUAAAAUUAGCAAUCCCCGAUUUAGUGACAAGUACAGGGCGUUAAACAUUACACUUGUGGUGCAUUGGCAGUAAAAAAUAUAAAAAUGGAGGAAUAAAAUGCAUAAGGAUAUAUGAAGUAUGUGCAAAUAAACUUUCAUGUAGACGUACUUGAAAGUUUUAAACUGGAAUAUUUAUCUGUAGCUCCUGUUUAACGACUAGGAAUGUUUGUGAAAAGAAGUUUGAAUGAUAUAUAUUCUAUUGAUCUGUGUAUAUGUAAAUACCAGAUAGUAAAGCGAUCAUAAAAAGCUCUGGUCUUUUAAUGGAAUAUUUGAACUAAAUCCAUGUGCCGCCUGCUUGAAUAGGUAUUUCAAAUAAGAUAAAUUGGUUAUUCUAUACCUUUAUUGUAUCGAUAAUAAAGCUUUGACACUACUUACUUAUAGUAUUAAUGGAAUAUAAGUAACGUUGUAUAUAAAUGAAUAGUCGCAAAUUGUAUUUAUAAACAUUACAGGAGUUGAUUUAUAAACGGAUUUUAAUAUACAUGUACAUUUAACCAUUAUCUUGCGUAGAAAUUCGUGGGAGUGAACAAAUUUGACAAAUGAAAUUAAAGUGAAGACACCGCAUGGAUUACAAAUACAAAACCGAGACAUAUUUUAAAAAAACAAUGGGAUUUUACACGUGACUCAGUUGACAGAUAGGUGUUGAUUAUAUAUAUAUAACCGUGUUUUUUUCUUCCUACCUCAUUUAAGAAGUGUAAAAAAAAAACGGUGAGGAUAACCAUAAGGUUUAUUAGCUUAUAUUGAGGGAAAAAAAACAAAACAAAAACAAUCGCAUGGAUAAUAAAAAUCAAACGUGAAUUUGCUGAUUUUACUUCUAUACAUGUCUGGUAAUAAAUCAUGGUUGUGUGAUUAACAUUAUAUAUGUAUAGUGAUACAAGACAACAUUAAGUCACAACAAAAUAGUGGUUGAAAAAAAAAGAUUAACCAGGAAGAAGAGAAAUAGUAUACUAACUGGAAAAAUAUGUCGAAAAUGUCGUCAACGACGUCACUUAUACGUUAUGAUGACGAGCUCAAGAGACGUCUUGAAAAGUUAUCUAGAACGUAUGACCUCACCACCAUGAAGAUUUUCAUAGCAGUAGAAUGUUUAGGUGAAGAACUGGUUACAUGUACUUAUAAUGCUGGAAGAAAGUCAAGAUGGGAACCAUUCUUACAACGGAAGGAAGCGUGUCGUCUGGAUCUCCAUAAGCACGAGAAGAAUAGAAAUCGCUAUAGAGAAUUCCUUAAAAACGUAUCACGUGAACACCAGGGGCAACAGUUCUACAUGGCCAUGUUGCAGCUGAUGAUACACAAAGGUGCAGACGACAUGUUCAAACAAAUCGCCCCAAAUUCAACAGACACUAGUGAACAAUCAUUCUGUGGCAAUCUGUGUCGGUUAUUCGAGAGAAAGAUUGAAUCUUGGUGGGAAUCCUUCGAAGCUGUUGGAGUUAAACUCACUGGACACGUCAAGGUUUCAAACUUUGUCAGAGUUCUGGCGGGUCAAGUUGAUGCUCUUUGUGGUAAAAGAGGCAUCACAUAUGCUAUAAACAUAAAAGUUACAGGACUUGACACGCCAAGACCAUUAGAUAUUGCCGAACUUGCAAUGUGUAAAAUUCUGCUCAUACAAAACGGCUUGGCUGAUCCAGCGAAAUUGAAAAUGUGUUUGCUUGUAUUACAUUUGACGGAGGAGAGACCGAUAUUGCGGCUGUGGGAGUACACGCCAAGUGAAGAGAUGGAGAGGUCUAUCAGAGAAGCUGACAUUGAUAGAGUAAUUGAUGCCGGUAAACUGAGCCAGUACCAUGAAUUCUGGAAAGACAAUGUACACCAGGUCGGACAUACAGGAGGGGAUCAGCAAAUACUGUAAAAACCUGCUCCAGUUUUUGAAUGUAAAGAGUAAAUAUACAGAUUUUGUCGAAAAUACAGACAGACAUGUGUUUGGUAAAAGUGUUGAGAUCCAUGUUAGUUCUAUAACAAACGAAAGAUAAGUGUUUGAGCCCUCUAUAGAGAAGUGAAGGAAGUUAUAUGUUUGAGAAAUAAACUUACAAGUAUGCGUGCUCCAUGACAUGUUGACCAUUUGUGUUUAAAACAUCAUGUGUCCAUACGAACCUAAAGCACAGAAUGCGCAUCAAGUAAUCUCGAGAAUUUCGUGCAGUAUUAGUAUAUGAUAUAUACCAGCCACGGGACAAGUACCCACGUAUUAUCGUGUGUGUACCCUAACAAGAUAGAAUUCAAUACCGAUUGAUUUUUUCAUUCUGGGUAACCAAGCCGCAAAGAAGUUAAAAUGGAUUAAAUAUCCGAUUGUGGAUAAAAGACCACUGUUAAUGUUUGUUACAAAAGAGAUACCUGGUCGUAAAUAAUCAAUAUAUACAAACAGUUUAUCGAUUCAGUAACUGAUAAAAAUAUACCAGGUUUAGUUUGAUUUUUAAUUUGAUAUCAACAGGUAUUAAAGUUUGACUUCUGUGAUCUUUAGAUAUACAUGUACAUAAUGCAUAAAUAAUCUGUACUUGCAUCAUUAUGUCAAGCGGUGAAGGUUUUAGGGAAGAGAUGGUAACGAGUAAGGUUAAUUUGUUCGCAUGUAUUUUAAAACCAUCUCCUUAUUUUAAUGUCUAUAGCUAAAGACAAUGGCCAUGUAUGGUGUACUGGUAUUUCCAUCAUUCAAAUUAGAUAAACUGUACUUUAAGUACUGAGUAUUGAUUAAAUAUGGUGUAAUAGACUUCAGUAUAUUAGAAAGCAUAAGUAUGGAGUACCGAUAUUUCCAUAACCCGAAAGAAAACACAAGUAUGGUGUACCUGUAUUUCCGUAAUUCAACCGAGCCAGUGAAUUUGAUAUUGCGUGGUUUUACAUUCAGUUUGUUUGUUAUGUUUUAUUACAGUUGUAUUUAUUUCUUGUUUGCUUGUUUAUCGUUGUAUAUGUAGAGACUAACAUACACCUUUCUAUCUAUUUGUGUGGUCUACGCAACCUUACAUUUGUUAAAAGCCGAACAAAUCCAUCUUGGAAUUAAGACAUUAAAAGAAUUGUCAUUUUCUACUUUA